AUGGCACCUAAAUCAAACGCUCCAUCAAUGGAUCCACAAAUUGUAGGCAAUGCGUUUGUUCAUAAAUACUAUAACCACCUUUAUAGAUCACCCGAGGAAGUUCACAGGUUCUACCUCGAGGAAAGCAUGCUCGGAAGACCAGGUCUCGAUGGUUCAAUGGUUUCUGUCAAAUCAUUGAAAUGUAUUAAUGAUCAGAUAAUGUCCUUUGACUACCAAAACUCGAAGAUCCAGAUUCUGUCUGCCGAUUCUCAAGCAUCUUUGAAGAAUGGAGUUGUAACUUUAGUCGCCGGUUUAGUGACUGAGAAAGAUGGAGGAAGAAAGAAGUUUACUCAGUCUUUCUUCCUUGUGCCACAGAAAGGUAGCUACUUUGUGCUCAACGAUGUCUUUAGGUACGUUUCUGAUGAGAUUGUUGAACCAAAAUCUACCAAGGAGGUCAAAGAGAGCCCACAAGUAAUCAAGUCAUCAAAAGACAUUAUCCCCGCAGAGUCUGCAGAUGCAACUGCAAAUACCAUAAAGAACGUCCAUAAGGAGAAAGCUGCGAAUGGAAAUAGUAACUUACCUAAAGCUGCUGCUGAAGCAAAACCUCAAGAGGACGCUCCCAAGAGAUCCUUUUCAGCAAUUUCUCCGGCUCAAAACGGCACUCCGGUUAAUGUUAAAGCAUGGCCUGCAAAGCCUAAACCAGUCGCAAAGCCAGGAGUUGUUGUUCCUGAGCAAAAAGCUCCUGCACCAAUUCCUGAACGCUCUUCUGCUGAAAAUAUUGAAGAAGCAGGCCACAGUGGUUCCAUAUUUGUUGCAAACUUGCCUAUGGAUACGACUUGGGAGCAACUCUAUGAAACAUUCAAAGGUUUUGGAACUAUUAGAAAACGUGGUAUCCAAGUCAGAUGUUACAAGGAGACAAGAAACUGUUUUGGGUUUGUGGCAUUUGAAACUGUCGAAGCCAUGAAAAAUGUCCUCCAGGCUCACAAGGAAUCUCCAAUCAGAAUCGGAAACCGAAGAACAUCUAUAGAAGAAAAACGAAGCAAGAACAAUGAAAAUGGCGGGAGAGACUCUGCGCAAAACAACGGUAACAAUAGGAAUGAGAAUGGUUACAGAAACAACGGGUAUAGACCUCGUGGCAAUGGUGCUAGUAAUGGAGAACGAGGCUCCGGAAGAAACGUGGUUGAGAGACGGAACGGUGUUGCCACUGGUGAUGUUAAAGCUUCUCAGGUCAACGGCCAUGUCAAAGCUCAGGCCCGAAACUAG